GUUGGCAAUGGGUAUACAGACGGCCGCAGCGGCGGCGGCGGCGGCGGCAGCAUCGGCAGGAGCGGCGGCGGCACGGACGGGUUCGGCCAGAGCGCCGUCACCGACAGCAGCAUCGGCGGGAGCGGAGGUGGUGCGGACGGCUUCGGCCAGAGCACCGUCCCCGACAGCAGCAUCGGCGGUGGCGGCAUCGGUGACGGGGGGAACCGCAGCAGCAGCAGCAGCAGCGGCGGCGUCCCCGGUCGCCGCGUUGGCGUUGGGUGUCCAGACGGCCGCAGCGGCGGCGGAAGCGACAUUGAUGAUGGGGGUAACGGCAACGGCGACAGCAGCAGCGGCGUCCCCGGUCGCCUCAUCGGCGUCGGGUGUCCAGACGGCCGCAGGGGCGGCGGCGGCGGCACCGGUGACGGAGGUAUGUGACGAAGAGUUGGAGGAAGCGGUUGGUGCGACAACCAUGCCAUUGCCAGUCCUCGAGGAGCUUGAUAGCCAAUGUGCUGGGGGGGACGUGAGUAACAGCAGCAUCAGCAGCAGCAGUAGCAGCAGCUGCAGCAGCGAGGACAGCGGCGGCGAUGGGAGCGGGGACGAGGGGUUGGGUGAAACCUGAAGUGGAGCCCCGACGCACCCCUUCGACCCCGGUACGACAUCUUCGCGUGGCGCGAGGAGACGGGAGGCGGUACCAGGGGUGGCGUACCCCUUCGAUAGGGGCAGGAACGGGAGUGGCAGCUCCGGCGGCGGCAACGGCGGCAACGGCGGCAGCCGCAGCAGCGACAGGAGUGGCGUGGUGGCUUCGGCCAGAGCUCCGACGGCAGCAGCAGACGGCAGCGGUGGCUUCGGCCAGAGCCUCGUCGGCGGCAGCAGCGACAACGGCGGCGGUGGUAGAGGCGGCAGCAGCGACGUCACCGGCAGCCCUGUUGGCGCUGGAACUAAUGACGGUCGUGGCGGCGAGGAACGGCGACGGCGGCGAUGGCAGCGGCGGCAGCAGCGGUGGCGCCCUUUGAGUCGACCGGGAACGGGGAGGACACGGUGACAGCGACGACCUCACCUUGUUACAGCCAAGUGGGAGAACAUGUGAAACGUUUACGACUUUGUUUGGUUUUGUGAGCAGGCAUGUAUGUUUUUGCUUCGCCAUUUGGCUUCGCAUCUAUUUUUGUUUGUUCUGUUUUUCCCUUGCUAGCGCACCGUGCACUUUGAUGCAGCAAACACAUGUAUGCCACGGCGUGUGCGUUUUUUUUUUUUUCCUUUUGUACUUGGUUUCAUGAUAGUAAUUCUCGGGGUGAAUUGUGGGAGCUGAUAGCAGGGGGGCUGUUUGC